CUGCGGUUAUACAGUUUCCAUAUCUACCAAUACUCUUCCCUUUGCUGAUAAUCCACGGUGAUUAAGCAUGUGACCGCAUGUGACGGCUCAAAAGGCAUAGUCAUUGUAACAAUUAGGCGCAUUAGGUUUUCUGUUGUUCGAAUCACUGACUUGUCUCUCAAGGAAUAAGAGUGAAGGUCAACAAGGUCAACAAGCAAGUCUGGUAGGAAGUUGCCACUCUUUAAGAGGAACUGCUACCUUCAUCUUCAAUCUGAAGACAGGACAUAAUUUGUGCCCACAUAUAACAUUAAGCAGGUGGUCUUUAUUUCAAAAUGCUGGUUCCAGGACUGCAGUUAUUUGGUACUGCAAUCUGUGCUCUGCGCCUCUUGUCCACACGAUCAGCACCAGUCAUGGCAACAACUCCAGAAGAUUGGAAAAAUGCAUCAUCUAUUUAUGAUUUCACUGUAAAAGAUAUAAAUGGGCAAGAUGUAUCCUUGGAGAAAUACAAAGGACAUGUGGCUAUUAUUGUGAAUGUGGCCUCAAAGUGUGGCCUCACUGCUACAAAUUACAAGGAAUUGGCAGAACUUCAUGACAAGUAUGCUGAAUCCAAAGGUCUCCGCAUAUUGGCUUUCCCUUGCAACCAGUUCAAUGGGCAGGAACCUGGAAACUCAGAGGAGAUUGUGUGCUUUGCCAGGUCUAAGAACGCAAAGUUUGACAUGUUUGAGAAGAUUGAUGUAAAUGGAAAUAAUGCACACCCACUUUGGAAAUACCUGAAGCAUAAGCAAGGGGGGACUCUGGGAGAUUUUAUCAAGUGGAACUUCACCAAAUUCAUCAUUGACAAGAAUGGGCAGCCUGUUGAAAGACAUGGUCCCAAUGUCGAUCCCAGUAAAUUGGUGUCGAACUUGGAGAAGUACUGGUAAGAUCCUUCAAGGUUAAGGAAUGAAGAAUUGUAACUUGAAAGCUGUGGCAGGAAAUUGAAACAAGGUUUCAAGUUCAAUUCAGAAUGCACUGAAUCAUCAUUCUUGUUCAGCAAGGUGAAUUGUUCUGUUGCUUAAUUUUUAAUAUGUACAGUAUUUAGAUACUCCACUCACAUGUUAGUUAAAAAUGGCAGUCCACUAUUUAUGGGAUGUUCUUGGCAUAAAAUAUGGCGCUUCUAAUUAAAUGGCGCAACAAAAAUGAGGAGUGUUUCUCAAAUCUGAAAAGUCAUAGUUUACAUUUUACUACCUGGGGAUAGUUAGACAUUUGUCUUAGAAAUAUGUGUCCUGCUUCAGUAAUACUUCACCAUCUUGCAAACCAAGCAAAGCAUUGGUUUUGUUUAAUUCCAUCACAGUAAAUUUAUUUCCUUUUUACUGUAUUCUGACAAAGAAUAGUAACUGUGUAACUGCAAACAUCACAAAUAUAAUAAACUUAUUCUAAAUGGAA